AUGCCUCAAGACAACACAUCUCGUCGCAGUUCCUGGUACCCUCCUGAUAACCGCUCAAGGCGAGCUUCUCGGGGCCAAGCAAGCGCCGAUGCCAGCCGGUUCGCACCGACUAGUACUCGCACGGGCGAUUACUACGAUUCUGCGCCGCAAUACCCGAGUCAACCCACGACUGGUGUGCGACCCCGUAUGGUGGCCCAAACUACGGGACACACCCCAUCCUACCCACCGAUGUCCUCUUAUGCGCCACCAAGUUCAGCCUACCUUGUACGACCUUCAGGCAACGUUGCCUCUAGCCAAGACAAAUACCGACGAGUAGGAGGGAUCUACACCCCUACUCCUCAGUAUAUGCCCCUUAGAUAUUCGGACCAGGCCACCUCGGGUCUCGGUGGCCCAGACUCAUAUGCACCCCAAGCUAUACGGACUCAGGCAUACGAACCAGCUGUUCGAAUGCCAGGAAGCCAGCCUAUCACUGUGCCGUCCCGUAUUGCAGGUGAGACGCCAGGAAGAUCACAAGACUCUCGUGGUUUCUCAAGGCCGCCAACUCCGGGCGCCCUGAGACGCCAAGAUCGGCGCUCUCUGACCCCGGGGGCUCCACUGGCUUCUCGUGGCGGGGUAGAUACGAGAGGUACCACCACCCCCACUGGUUCUUACGGCCGCCGCCGUAGUGAACCUAUAGAUGAAUCGGGUUCAAACAAGAGUCGGUCAAAAUUGGUCAUUCGCAAUGGAGCAGGCACCUUGACGACGCUUUACCCAGGCGAUACUUACGAAUCUGCAGCGGGCAAGACACUUCCAGCGGAGCGCGACGAGCGAGCAACGGGUACCCAACUGCCUCCCCCUCCGACACCUCCGCUGGCAACAGCGACCUCAGCGUCCGCAGCAACCCAGCGUCCGCCUUCCGCGGUUCGCCCUCGAACGCCCUUGCAGUCAGCGCAGAGUGAGUUCUCAUCCAAUGAUAAGGUAGUUGAGGUUGGAAGUUUAUCUCCAAAAUCAUCAGGGGGCAACAGUAUGCAGACUGGUGGGCUCGCGACUAUCGAUAAGGAUUUCGCAGAUCGAAGACCUCGAAGCCGAUCAAGAAACAACACGCGAGCAACGCAUGAUGCAAGCUACAUGGCAACACGUCGCAGCGGAGACGCUCUCACUAGGGACCCCCCAGGAUCCUCGUACCCCUCACACCCCGAAGCCAAGUAUAGCGACGCACCCCCCAGAGGUCGCCAAAGGUCAUCGAACAACUCAAAGCAAGCAGAGUAUGACGAGGCGCCCCCCAGAAGAAUUCCUGGCCGAGAGAGGACGCAGGAUCUACCGCCUUUGAAUAGCAAGUUGAUGAAGAAUAUGACGAAUAUGAAGACAGGAGGUCGCGACAUCCUCGAGCCCGACAUGACGAGGGCACCGAGCGAGUAA